AUGGCACCACCCUCUGCAACAUCCUCCUCCACCCUGUCCUCGUCGUCCCACAAGCACAAGCGACGGAGAUGGACCCGCGACCAGCUCCUCAGGAAUCUCGAGUUGAUUGGUGAACUCGAGGCCCCGCUGCCCCCCACUCUACCCCCGUCGCCCCCAGCUUCUCGCGCCGCCUCACCGGCUGCCGGCACCAAGCGGAAACUCACCGUUUCCUCCGAUCCAGACUCUGUCAAGCGUCCAAGGACAACCUCAACAACAGACAGGCCUCCACCAUACCACUUUCACAGCACACACACCCACUCUUCCCAUCAGCCCCAUUACCAACCGCAGCCUACCUCCCAGCCUCCAUCACUACCCGCCCGGCCCCAGGCGCCACAACCACAUAUCCCCUCCCGCUCAGAGCCAUGCGAGGACGGCGAGGUCAGAGAAGAGCCCCCGGCUCCCGCCCCGCCCCCACGCGGCUCCUCCAUGGACGUACCCAUCCGCCGUCCUAAGAAGGGAAAGCCCAGUCUUCGCCAUUUCGACAUGCUACACGACAAGUACCACGCUGCAGGUCGUAUGCUCAAGUACUCUGGUGACGCUCGGUUCUGGUCAACCUACCCUCCGGGCCAUCGGGAAUAUCGGGCCCUGCCCGACCCGCCGCCUCCGACGUCUCCUUACCACAAGCACGGCGGUGUCAUUGCCCGUCUAGAACUCCUCGAUGCCCUCGUAUGCUUCACCUAUUCAAUAUGGAAUAGAGACUACAGCCGCCGCGCAUGCGUUAGAGAUACCUGGAAAACCAUCGAGGCCUUCCUUGUCUGGUGUAAGCAAAAGUGGCAGGUCGAGGAAGGCAUCAAUGAUGCUGAAAAGGCGUUUCUCGGUUUGAUCUGGAUGAUUGAGGCUUUCAUUCAAGGAAGACAGCUGGUUUUCUCCGUUCGUAACAAUCUCGACGGUGCCAUGGACAAGGUCCACGACGACACCGCCAAAAAGAUUGCUGCUGCAGUCGUGGGGGCGAAUGAAGGCGAUCGGCCCUUCGCGGGUGGUCUGCUUCCUAAUGGAAAGGCGCCACCCAUGCUUCCAUCACCUAGCAGCACGAAUUCCACUCCUGUCAACCGCGAUGACGGUACUCCCAGUACCGCUAGCAAUCGUCCAGCCCAAGCCGCCCCCAACGGUCCUCCCCGCCAACCACCCCACGUCUACACCGGCUCAGUGCCUCAUAAGUUAUUACCUGAGAACCUCCGCGAUAUUCCCGGUCCGAUCCCACAGCGUGUAAUCGAGGCCAUGGAAGCUGUCACAGAACCCAUUACGCCUACCCUGGUCCAGGACCUCAAAGAUUUGACUGCCGGCUACGCCGCCACCGCCUGGUGUACGCAGAUGGCUCAGCAGACCCUCAACCUUCCCCUUCUGCGCCGCUGCUUCCCGAACACAUGGGCACGGAUGAUGCACUCGACGCUCCUGCCCACGGAAGAGCACGAGCCGGACUUUGAAGAUGAGGAAGGCGAACUCUACUGGCCUGACCAGUGCAUCAACGGCGAGGGCAUUGGAUGGGUAUGUCUCAUGGGCAAGGCAAUGAUCAACGAGUUCGGCAAGCCGUAUGGUUACAAGGGCCUCGAGGGCAUCGUCCCAAAACCCAAACCCGAGGAAAGCCACGGACGUCCAGGACACCCACCAAGUCACGCUUCGUCAAAUCAACGACCGAUACCCUCAGGCGCUCCCCGAUAG